UUUAUUUCCCUCAAACACUGCAUUCUCAUUGUUUCUACUUGACAGUGCACACAAAAUCACUAAAAUAAAAGGAAAGAAAAAAGAAAACAAAAACACAUUUUUCCAUCAAAAGAAUUAAUGGCACCAGCUCAAACUCUCAAUUAUCUCUCUCAAGAAAAUACCCUCGAGUCAAGUUUCGUUAGAGACGAAGAUGAACGUCCAAAAGUUGCUUACAAUAACUUCAGCAAUGAUAUUCCAGUCAUUUCUCUCGCCGGAAUCGAAGAUGUCGUCGGUGGUCGUAGAAUAGAGAUUUGUAACAAUAUUGUAGAGGCUUGUGAGAAUUGGGGUAUUUUCCAGAUUGUUGAUCAUGGUGUUGAUCGAGACCUUAUUUCUGAAAUGACACGUUUUGCUAAAGGCUUCUUCGAUUUGCCACCGGAAGAGAAGCUUCGGUUUGAUAUGUCCGGUGGUAAAAAAGGUGGCUUCAACGUCUCUAGUCAUCUCCAAGGAGAAGCAGUGAAGGAUUGGAGAGAAAUAAUGAUAUACUCUUCAUACCCAAUUAGCGAAAGAGAUUAUUCAAUGUGGCCAAACAAACCAGAAGGAUGGAGAAAAGUAACAGAACAAUACAGCGAGAAGCUAAUGGGUUUAUCAUGCAAGCUUUUGGAAGUGUUAUCAGAAGCUAUGGGUUUAGAAAAAGAAGCUGUUACCAAAGCAUGUGUUGAUAUGGAUCAAAAACUUGUUGUUAAUUUCUACCCAAAAUGCCCUCAACCUGACCUUACUCUUGGCUUGAAAAGACAUACUGACCCUGGUACCAUCACUCUGCUUCUACAAGACCAAGUUGGUGGCCUUCAAGCUACAAGAGAUGAUGGCAACACAUGGAUCACUGUUCAGCCAAUUGAAGGUGCUUUUGUUGUUAAUCUUGGAGAUCAUGGCCAUUAUCUGAGUAAUGGAAGGUUCAAAAAUGCUGAUCACCAAGCAGUGGUAAAUUCAAACUACAGUCGUUUAUCUAUAGCCACGUUCCAAAAUCCAGCACCAGAUGCAACUGUGUACCCUUUGAAGAUUAAAGAAGGAGAGAAAUCUAUUAUGGAAGAACCAAUCACUUUUGCAGAAAUGUAUAGGAGGAAGAUGAGUAAGGAUCUUGAAAUUGCUAGAAUGAAGAAACUUGCUAAGGAUAGUUAUAAAGAGAUUACGCAUUUAGAGAAGGCAAAUCUUGAGACUAAGCCUUUGAAUGAGAUUCUUGCUUAGACUUUUUUCUUUUAAAAAGUCAAAUAAAUAUUUCAUUAAAUAAAACGCAUGACAUAAGAUAUGCCCAAUACAAUACAUAAUUUAGUUUGUUUCCAUGAUAUGAAACAGCCCAAAACAACAAGUAAUUUACGAAGUUAUAACUUAGCGUUCACUCAACUUUGUGUGUUUAGAUGAAUAAUUAUGUUUAAUAUCCAUGUCUUUGUGGAGAUAAAUAUAAGAGAGAUUAAGUUACUUUAGGGAUAUUUGUAAAAAAAAGUUACUCUAUUAGAGUAACUUUGCGUUGAGUUAAUAAUUCGCUAUAUUGUAUUUCA